AUGGCCGACCCUUCCAUGUAUCAUGCUAUGGGCCAGGGUGCUGAAGACCCGUCGAAUCCUCAUCGCAUAGCCCAGCAGGCUCCUCCUCAACAAUAUCCGCCUGGAUAUCCCCCAGGUGCUGCACCACCGCAACCUGGUGCGGCCUAUCCCAACCAGUCACCGAAUCAGUGGCCCGCCUACGCUUCCCCUCAACAGUCGAACCUCGCGCCGAGCCCCGAUGUCGCAUACAAUGCAGCGCCACAGGCCCCGAUGGGCAUGCCAGGAGACCCGGGAAUGGCAGGGCUAGCUUCUCAGAUGAGUGGCCUGGGGAUCGCAGCCGAUGCGGGGGCCCGGUCCCAUCGAAAGAAGCACCGUCAUGCCCACCAUGACAUUGGGGCCGGUGCCGGUGCUGUGCCGCCAGCGCAAGGAUUCAACAAUGCAGUGGCCCCGGGAGGUGUCCAGCCGAACUCGCAGUUCCUGAACACCGGGUUGAACGAGGCCCCGCGUCCUAUCUCUCCGGCGGCGGUCCCCCAGCCGGGGCAACCUGUCCCCGCGAUGACAUCCCAGCCUGGCAUGCCCGGUGGUGCAGGCGCUGUCCCUACCCAAGGCCGGGUUGAUCCUGAGCAGAUUCCCAGCAUCCCGAAAUCGCGUGACGUGCCCGCACAAUACUAUUUCAACCAUGUCUACCCAACGAUGGACCGACACCUUCCCCCGCCGGCAGCAAUCCCAUUUGUGGCUCAGGACCAGGGCAACUCAUCUCCCAAAUACGCCCGCCUGACGCUGAACAAUAUCCCCACUACCUCUGAUUUCCUUACCUCCACCGGUCUGCCCCUGGGCAUGGUCUUGCAACCCCUCGCUACAUUGGAUGCGGGCGAGCAACCGAUUCCCGUGCUAGAUUUCGGGGAUGUGGGGCCCCCACGAUGCCGCCGAUGUCGAACGUAUAUCAACCCCUUCAUGUCCUUCCGCUCGGGCGGCAGCAAAUUUGUUUGUAAUAUGUGCACCUUCCCCAACGAUACGCCGCCCGAAUACUUUGCACCAUUGGACCCGACUGGGGCGCGUGUGGAUCGCAUGCAACGGCCGGAGUUGAUGAUGGGGACGGUCGAGUUUUUGGUUCCCAAGGAAUAUUGGAACAAGGAGCCGGUAGGACUGCAGACAUUGUUUGUGAUCGAUGUUAGCCGGGAGUCGGUUCAUCGAGGGUUCCUUAAAGGUGUCUGUGAGGGUAUCGCGGAUGCUCUUUACGGAGAGGACCGUGAGGCGUCAGGCGAUGUGGAGGGUGAUGAAACCACAUCACGGAGGCUCCCCGCAGGGUCCAAGGUGGGAAUUGUCACAUAUGACAAGGAGGUGCAAUUCUACAACCUUUCCGCAACACUGGACCAGGCUCAGAUGAUGGUGAUGACCGACUUGGACGAACCAUUUGUUCCAUUGAGCGAGGGUCUGUUUGUAGACCCGUACGAAUCGAAGUCGAUUAUCACAUCGCUGCUGAGUCAAAUACCCAGUAUUUUCUCUCAUAUUAAGAACCCCGAACCGGCGCUGCUGCCCUCGCUGGAUGCGGCCCUUUCCGCACUCCAGGCAACCGGUGGGAAGAUUGUGGCCGCGGUAUCCAGCCUGCCCAUCUGGGGCCCUGGACAAUUAUCGAUGCGGGAAGACCCCAAGAUUCACGGGACAGACGCCGAGCGAAAGUUAUUUACUACGGAAAAUGCCGCCUGGAAGAAGACGGCCAGCAAGUUGGCCGAGGCGGGAGUGGGCGUGGAUCUCUUCGUUGCCUCCCCGGUGGCGUUUAUAUGGAUGUGGCAACUAUCGGUAUGCCACGUCUCGAGUCUUACUGGUGGUGAAACCUUCUUUUAUCCUAACUUCCAUGCACCGCGCGAUAUCCUGAAGGUGCGACGGGAGUUGAGCCAUGCUGUCACUCGAGAGACGGGGUACCAGACGUUGAUGAAAGUCCGAUGCUCCAACGGCCUCCAGGUAUCUUCCUACCAUGGAAACUUCGUCCAGCAUGCGCUUGGCGCCGAUCUGGAGAUUGGCGGCUUCGACGCGGACAAGGCCAUUGGAGUGCUGUUUAGCUACGAUGGAAAGCUCGAUCCCAAACUGGACGCACAUUUCCAGGCUGCUCUGCUGUACACUUCUGCGGACGGCCAACGGCGAGUCCGGUGUAUCAACAUUGUUGCGGCGGUGAACGAAGGUGCCAUGGACACCAUGAAGGGCGUGGACCAGGAUGCCGUGGUGGCGGUCAUCGCCAAAGAGGCUGCAUCUAAGACACUCGACAAGACGCUCAAGGACAUCCGUGCCAGCAUCUCCGAGAAGACGGUGGACAUCUUCAGCGGAUACCGUAAGAUCUUCUCCGGGUCGCAUCCGCCUGGUCAGUUGGUGUUGCCAGAGAACCUGAAGGAAUUCUCAAUGUACAUGCUCGCCUUGGUGAAGUGUAGAGCAUUCAAAGGUGGCAACGAAGCAUCAGACCGACGAGUAUAUGAAACGCGCAUGAUUCGUUCCUUCGGCUGCACCGAGUUGUCUCUCUAUCUGUACCCACGCAUCAUACCUAUCCACAACAUGCAACCAGAGGAUGGGUUCCCCAACGAGCACGGACAGCUCCAAGUUCCGCCGGCACUGCGGGCCAGCUUCUCCAAGGUCGAAGAAGGCGGUGUCUGGUUGAUUGACAACGGGCAGACCGUUUUGCUGUGGAUCCAUUCGCAAGUCUCGCCCAACCUGCUGGAGGACUUAUUUGGGCCCGGCCAUGACUCACUCCAGGGCCUCAACCCCAACACGUCGUCACUGCCGGUGCUGGACACACACCUGAAUGCCCAGGUGCGGAAUCUACUACAGUACUUUUCCACGGUGCGUGGGUCCAAGGCUGUGACGAUCCAGCUGGCCCGUCAGGGCCUGGACGGUGCUGAGUACGAGUUUGCCCGACUGCUCCUGGAGGACCGGAACAACGAGGCCCAGAGCUAUGUGGAUUGGCUGGUGCACAUCCACCGCCAGAUCAACCUGGAACUGGCCGGUCACCGCAAGAAGGAUGAGUCUACGAGUGACAGCACCUUGGCUAGUUUGUCGGCCAUGCGGGCCCCAUAUUGGUAA